AAAAAGAAUUCUCGUUGGUAACCAACCGCCAUUAUGGCCGACAGUGGAACGAAUAAUGUGAAAUAGUGCAUUAGCCGAUCAGCCCACAGGGAAACGAAUACCGGAUAAAUAGUCACGAGUAACUGGUUAUCGGGCAUUAUUCAUUUGUUACGUCCUAGUGGAGAAGAUGGCUGAUCCGAACGAUGCUGUCAGUGAGGAUACCGAGAGAGAGGACGAACAACCUGGGCGUAACGCGGUAAUCGUACCACAACCGGAGAAUGAGGUGACUGAGAAUCAGCAUGAAAAUCAACCUGGGAAUGAGACGACAAUGGCGAUGUUGGAAGACGAGGAGAUGCCGACUUUUGUCACUGUGUCUACUCCAAGUAGACAGCCAAGUUCCAGUUCUACCGAUGGUGGUCAACAGGAAUCUGAAUCUAGGGCAGAGAAUCGAAGCAAUAAUUCUUGUCACAGUGAUGAACAAGGUGCGCAUAGUGUCUGCGUAAUAUCCUCUGGAGAAGAAAGUGAUCAUCCACCAAGUGAUGAAGAGGAUGAUCCUGAAGAAGACUAUGAUGAGUCUGAUGAUAUGGAAGAGGUAGAUUUAGAGGAUGACAUUGAAGAAGAAGAGGAAGAGGAAGAGGAUGAGGAAGAUACUGAUGGGGACUUAGAACUUGAUUCUUACAAAAGAUCCUGUGACGAUAUGAUAUUAACAUGUAAUAACGGCAUAGGAAGCAAUCAAAUAGGAAGAAGUUGCUCUCUUCAGGACAUAUCUGUCAUGAGUGAGCAUUUAGAAGAGAGGUUUCAUAGAAAGAGAUAUAGUAUGGAUGCAUUGAUAGAAGAUGAAUCAAGUUUUCUACGCAAUCCUGUGCUCCACUCUAUAAAUGAAGAACGUAGACGUUCUGUUCCAGGACGUAUGAAAUAUCGUAAUGUAGAAAGUAAAGUGAAACUAUAUAUUAGAGGAAUCAAAGAACAGAACCGGCAAUCACAGGAGAGACGUUUGGAAAGAAAGAAUCAGAACAAUAAUCCUUUGCCGAAUAUUGAAGGUACCGUUCAUAAACCUAUUGAUAAUCAGAAUACAGUAAAUGUCAAUAUUAAAGAUUAUGCAGAGCGAGUUAUAAAAGAUUUAAAAAGAGAAGAGUUAAAAGGCAAUACAUUAUACAAUCAUGACCAGAUAACAGAAAAUGGAGAAGAGAUUUCCAAUGUAAAAUCUAUGAAUAAGAAAAAUAUUGAUGCAGAUGUCGUGGAUAUGGAUGACGAGCCCAUGGAAAAUCAAAAGAACCUAAUAAAUUGUGAAGCAAAAACGGAAAAGCGUAAUGGAACCGCAGAAACCAAUUCCCAUAAUUUGCAUAUGGAAAAUGGAGUUAUCCUUAAUGAACAAAACGUUGCUUGUUUCUUCAAUGGUCAAGCUGAUGUACCGGCAUUGUUUAAUCUCCGUACUGUAAGUUAUGAGGAAUAUAUGAGUGUAGCAAAUCCUGAUGAAAAACCACAGCUGAAUAUGGAGUUGGUGGAAUCUGAGGAAUAUGUUGAAUCAGUAUACAGUGAGAACAACAUGGAGGAGCAAGAAAUCGUAAAUGAUGAUGAUGAGCCAUGUGCUCUUAAAAUAGAAUGCGUCAAGAGCAUCCAUAUGAAUACACCAGAAAUUAAGGAGAAUCAGAACGAUUCAAAUUUUGCUGAAAUAGCGGAGGGAUCAGCUGACAUUAUGGAUCAGGAGAAUUCAAAUAUCUCGAUACUUCAAGCACAGCUCAGACAAAAGUCUAUCCAGUUUAACCAGAUGCAAGAUAUGUAUGAAAAGACGCUUGCUGAGAAAUACGAACUCAAACGACAAUUAGAGGAAUUUAAAAAAGUUGUAUUGAUGUACCAGAAGGAAAACGAACGUCCUGAGGCGAAAGCUGUAGCUGUACAAACUGAUAUUCUAGUGAAUCCAAUAUCGAAUUCGGAAACUAGCGAAACCAGACAUUUGGCUGUUAAAUUGUCGACCAGUAGUAUAGGUUCUACUGUGAGUUCCAAUGAUCCUUGGGCGGAUUACAGUCACAGUCCAGCUAUUUCAUUAAGGCCACCUAGUUUAACAGGCAUUCUUACUUCGGAUGAAAGUUCUGUUGGAAUUGAAAGAACUCCAAGAAAAACUGUGCGCCCUUUGUCGCGUGCGUUCAUUACAUCGUCGAGGAUACUCCAGACAUUGUCGUCAAUAACACAAAGAAAACUUAAACCGGACAGUCCGUUAGCAAAUAAUCUUAGAAAUGAUGUACACGACGUUCUUAAGGAUAGGUCGAAAAACACAUCAGGUUUAGCAAAGGCCACGUACGCCUCUUCAACGCCCCAUACUUCUUCAAAAUCGAAAAAGAGGAAAGCCACGGAGAUGCUAGGAACUUCUGCUGUUGUUCAGCCUUUCAAGAUACCCUACACUGCAAGCGAGUCUAGAAGAAGUCUCAGUUCAGUUUCUGAAAUGGAUGGUGAGUUCAAACGGCCUGUAGAUCAUCAGAAUGCCAAUAUGAGGCCUAAUUUGGUUAUAGCGCCAGAACGUACUAAUGGUGCGGAUAACUCUGAACCUUCUCAAGAAACCGCGGAGAAUACUGAAAAAUCGAGUAAGAAUGAUGAUGACGAUGAAGAUGAUGGGAACGAAAAUGGUGUGAAGUGUAUCAUGUAUCAGGAAGAUGAAAAUAGUAAAGAUAGAAGUUUCUUGAUACAGGCAGAGGAAAAUGACAAGGCUGGAAAUGCCAAAGGAUUUGUACGGGAAUGUGGUCCUUAUUUAUUAGGAAAUGUACAGGUUCGAAUGUCAGAAAUAAAUGGAACGAUAAAUAUUUGGGGAAAAGAAGUUAGUCAGGAUUCUCUGCAGGAUAACGAGGAGGAAGAAAAAAGUGAUGGAGAAGAGGUUGACAUCUCAAAAAAACCAAAUGAUACCAGACCGUGUACUUGUUCGCAAAAAGCUUCACGCGCUCAUUUGGUAAACCGCAGUCAUGCAGCAUAUUGCGCCAACAAAAAGCCUAAGGUGCCUGCGAGGUUUGGAGAACCUAGUUGUUCCAGGAAUACACGAUCACCUUCGAUUCUUAUUGAUGCGGAAGAACGAUGUCGCACUAACUGCGUCAUUAGUGCAAAUGAAGCAACAAGUAAUUGUGAAGAUAAUAAUUUUGAAAAUCGGCUACCCUGGUCUAAUAACAAACGGGUAUUUACGUCCAGAAAUAAUCAUUCACAUUGUUCUCAUUUACCAGAAUGUUUGAAUCCGGAUACUGGUUCUAUGCAUGCACGGGAGAGAUUGGAUAAUGAUCGUCAUACCUGUAGAAGGCAUUCUUGUAACGGUCAAGAGGAACAUAGAUGCUCGUCUUCAAACGGCCACAAUAUUAGUCAUCAUUGGAAGCAUUCAUGUUCAAUACAAAAUCAUUUGCCAGAUCCUACAAUUGAAAAUACUUGUAAGCAUCAUACAACUUGUCACCGGGGUGUGAUUCGCAGUGGAGAGGAAAAAGACUGCCAACAUGGUGCAAAGCAGUAUAAUUCACAUGAAAACACAGAUCAUUGUAGAUCAGUAGAAAAUCCUUGUCAAUAUAACUGUCAUGGAAGUAAUGAAAGUUCUUUUCAUAGUCCUAAUUCAGGAAACGAUGAGGAGGAUCCUUUACUUUCUAAACGGUCCAGUGAAACUCCUGAGUCAAGACGUCGAAGGCUCAGUGGAAAACGUGUAAGGGGUAUACUCAUGGACUUCUUUAAAGGAUGUGGUGACUGUCGUAGUCCAAGUACUAGUAACAAUAACAAGACAAAUUGUCAUCAAAGGGAAUCUUACAAUCCGCAGAUUCGAAUUACACCCUGUACACCUCCACAAUCUAUGUCCUUUGAGAUGAAACAACCUCCUCAACAGAAGAUUAACGGUUCUACGAGUAACAGACAUUGUCAAUCGUGUAAUCGUCGCGUAGAAAUGACUGUUGAAAUUGAAAGUCAACUGGAAUGCUUCAGAGUUGAAAUGGAGAGACUGCGCUCACGCUCGGAUGCUGUGCUGGACAUGCUCAACUUACUAUAUUCAACAGACUUUAAUUGAAAGGACUGACUCUAAUCUAAGCAACUCUCCGACUUUCUGCUCUUGUACAUAGUGAUCGUGUUUAAUUUAGAUUUUCGAUGAGUAUCCUCAUGAUCAUUCUCACAAAAACGAGUUAUUUUGUUUGAUCUAGAACACGUUAUGGUCUCUUUAGGUGCUCCUUGUAAAGUUAAAUCCUAUUUUUAUUUUUUUUACUUGGUGAUUCUUUUCUUUCAAUAUACUUUGUGCGAUACAAGUUAUAAUGUUAGAAUGAUUUUCAUUCAGAUGUGUAUAGUCUUUCUGUACUAAUUCAAAUCUCUGAGUCCAAAUCAUUACACUACAUUUGCGUACGUGCAACUCCAACGGAGAAAGCUAGUUUUCGUUGUUUGCGAUUAUAUGUUACUUCAAAAGCUUUAUCUACGCUCGUGAGCUUUCUUUUCAUUUUAAUAACCUGGGAAUAGGAACAUUCCAUUAAAAUAUGCAAAAAAAAGUGAACGCAGCAAUUAUAAUUAUGAAAUACAUAGUAGAUUUAUUAAAUAUAGUACACAUGUGGCUGUAAUAUAAACUUAUACCGUAUUCCACCCCUCGCAUUACAUGAUGUGUCCCUGUGUAAUUUUUUGAAGAUGUACGUCGUGAUUAUUAUUUUUUAUUUUUUCAACUUUAUUUAUUUUUUUUCAAUCACAAUGCGAAACUUCAACGAAACUACAAUUGACCAGAGACAUGUAGACCGUAUAGACCGAAAAUUUAAGAAUUUUUUAAUUACAAUGCAAAUCAUUUGUAACACAUGGAAACAGUCGCCAUUGGAACUCCAUAAAUAUAACAGUAACAGACA